CUAAUUUCUACUUUCUAGUACCCUCGGCGGCGGGCUCUCUCAACCUUACAAUAGGAGUGAUUUAUAAUCUCAAUACUUCGGUAUUAUUCUAUUUUUAUCGUUAACCGUGGAAAUUCACACAAUAUGUCGCUUAAAAGAAUGGGCUAUGAUAAAGUUUGGAAAUAUAAUAUUAUCUAAAGUAGUUUAAUGGCGAUAAUAACAUCGAGAUUGAGAGUUGAGACCUUUUGUUAAAUCUUUAGUCGAUAGCGUACCGCGGGUAAGUAUACUAACUUAUCGGGCAUUAAAUUACGCGUUAUUCCCGUUCUUACGAGUGAAGGUGAAAGGGUUUUUCGACGAGUUAUUAUUAAACGGUCGACCUUUGGGAAUGUACUGUAAACAGUAAACACGAUGUGGGCCAAGGACCGUGACCUGUGUGGCUGUGUAUACACUUUCCGAUACCUUCAAAUCAAGACUUCCAACGGCUUUUAAGUAUAAAAUUCAAACUUAUCACGACAAAGGACGACUGCUCUCUCUCUUAAUCGCGUUGCACGCGCGUACUGUGUCUCUCUCGUGCCACGAUAAUUCAAGCGAGAUUACCAGAUAUUUCACGUCACUUCACCGGCAUCACUGACGGACGCUGUGAUAACUGGGACAGCUGAUAAAUUGUUAUUGUUCGAGAACGUUCGCGUUUUAUUAAUAAUAAAAAAAAUUAGGUAAGAUAUUCCAAUUCUCGUUACUUGUAAGUAUUGUUUUGCAAGUUUGCGACAUUUUUCCUUUCUACCCUACCGAAAUAGGUAGUCAUGUCAUUAAUAUAAAUGCGAUUUUAAACAGUUCAUGUUUAAGUAUACUCAGCAAUUGUUUUGUAAACCACCAGUAAGACGACAUUCGAAUUUCGACGUCCGCUGCAUUGUCCACGGUUUCAAAUCUCUACUCGCAAGGUUUGAUAGACUCAAUACAUUCCAUUAAUUAUCUGACGAUAGUUAAGAACUUUUAUUUCUACUCCCAAUAUAAUUGUAUUUUAACCAUGUCCUAUCACUUCUCGUUCUCUUUCUACAAUGUUGCUGAUCGACUUGCAUAGGUUGUGAACAAUUUGAUCGUUCUCAAUAUUAUGUACCAAACCGAGCGUCAACUAAUUCCGAUCAAGUUCAGACACAAAGAGGAACGGGUCCCAGAGUCCCUGUUCUGCCUCUGUCUGAAGUAUGUUGCACGGAACUUGGACACACUGUGUACGGAGAUGCCUAAUGGUUAUACACUACAUGAUGGAUUAGCUCUUCCAAGUGAGAUAUGUGAACCAUUCAUCGAAACUUAUCAGAGCAAUGGUGGUGAGAUUUUCGACCGUUUUGCUCACCUGUUCAAAGAUGUAACCAAGACGAAUCUGAGAUCAGUACACAUAAGUAACUCGAGCAUUACAGAUGAUGGCCUUGAGUACCUGUUAAACCACGAUUUAUAUGAACUUACACUCACUAAUUGUCAGAAUCUCACGCACAAAACGUACACUAAUAUAUUCCAACAUGCUGCCAACCUUCGUUCAUUGACCAUUGGUCCAAAUGUGCAAAUAACUCCUUAUAAUAAGCUGUCACCCUCUCCACUAACUCUAGAUGAUCUCCCCACAAAAAUCUACAAGAAGGCGCCCAAUCUUCGACAUUUUGUAUUGCGAGCAAUUGCAGAAUCACCAUUUUCCAAUGACAACAUAUUUCUGGGUGUCAUACUUGACAAGCUUACACAGUUGAGAGUUUUAGACCUCUCAUAUUGCUUAGGUAUUGGCAGUCUGCAUUAUUUGACUAAGCUUACCAACUUACAUACAUUGAUACUUUUCGAUGUGCCCCAUUUGCAAAACAACGACGCAAUACUGAAUAUCUGCUCCCUACAAACAUUGGUUGUUUUAGAUAUAUCACAAACGGAGACUUUCCCAGAUCAAGGUGUUUAUAAAGAAGAAAACAAAAUUUUAGCACUAAUUGUGAAAUGUCUUCCAAAUCUUAUGUCUUUAGACAUAUCUGGUACUAAUUUGGCUGGAAAAGGUACUGCUGAACAUUCUAUGAUGGAGUCAUUGAGUGGCAGGAAGUCAGAUAUUCCUGGUUUAGAGUGUCGAGUAGACAAUCCUUUAGAAUUUUUAGGUUUAUAUCAUACUCAGCAUAACGCUUGCAGACGGCACGAUAUUCCUGCAAAAAUUAUCAGUGGUGACGCUAACGAAGAACAAAUCUUCAAUGCUGCUGCUUCAUGUAUGGAAAAACCAAAACUACUUCAAAACAUUUUAAAUGAUCUGUACCACUUGUUAAGGUAUGAUCAGUGUACACAAAUUGAUCAAGCUCUUGACAUAGUAUUGGAAGCUCUUACUAGAUAUGUAAAAGAAAAACUAAUUCAAAUUUCUGGGAGUGCAACACUAUUUUACAUUGUGAAAAAUAAAGAUCGGCCAUUAUUAUUAAAUGAUAUAACAGUUAAACGACGAAUUAUUACAACAUUAUUAACUGGAAUGGACUAUCACAACUAUGAUGAAACAAUGAUGCGGAAUGGAUGUUUGACUUUAUGUCAAUUGAGAAUACCUCAAGAUGUGAUGUUUGAGUUUAAACGUUUGGUACAAAUGUUACUACACAUUGUAUCUACAAGUGACCAUGAAGGGUUUGUUCAGAGAAUUGGUAUUUAUUUACUGAACUCAGUUGCAUGUCAAGUGAACAAUAAGCAAAAAAAUGAACUUGGAGAUGCUGGUGCUAUUAAGAAAAUGAUGGCAAUAAUCAAAGAUAGACUUCAUCGAAGAGUUUGUGAUGAUGUUCUUGAAGUUGCUUGGUCAACUAUGUGGAAUGUAACCGAUGAAGCACCAAAGAAUUGUAAAAGGUUUCUAGACGGAAAUGGAAUGAAAUACUUCCUUGGAUGCCUGACUACUUUUCCGGAUAAAAAUGAAUUGAUGCGGAAUAUGAUGGGUUUAUUAGGCAAUGUUGCUGAAGUGAGUGAGCUACGAUCCAGACUCAUGCAAGGACAUUUUAUUAAAGUGUUUUCUGACCUUUUAUUUUCAACACAAGACGGAAUCGAGGUUAGUUAUAAUGCUGCUGGGGUAAUUGCACAUUUGGCAUCAGAUGGUCAUAAAUCAUGGAUUAUAAAAACUCCAUCAAGAUAUAAAGUAUUAGAUCGCAUGACCAAAGCCAUACAAAAUUGGAACUUGGAUGCUGAUCGAAAUAUUAACUAUCGUUCCUUUGAGCCAAUUUUACAGCUUGCACAAGUUAGGCACACACCUCAGUGUGCUCAUUGGGCAGCAUGGGCUCUAGCAAACCUCACUAAAGUGUACCCUGAAAAAUAUUGUUCGAUUGUGAUAGCUGAAGGUGGUUUGAGAAUUAUGAGUGAACUCCUUGAAGAAAAUAGUCUACUUCAAGAUAAUCAGCCCCCUGGAGUUAUACAUAGUCUAGCUCAAACAGUCAUUAACCAAUGUCUGAUGUAUAUGAAGAACACUGUUGAAGAAUCAUCACAGUGAAAAAUCUGUGAGAAUAUUAUUUUUCUAUUCUGCGUACCGCCCAGUACCUAUAAGUUCUACUAAAAUUGAAUGUUUAAUUUAUACACUUAAACUUAAAUAUUUUUGAGAGAUGUACUUUUAACUGUAUUGUAUUAUUUCUCAUAGUAAAAUGUGUAGAGUAUACAAUUAAUUUAGUUGACAUUUCUAUAUAUACAAAAAAAAAAAAAAAAAAUAGAACCAAAAACUAACUAAAUUGGUAAAAUUUAAUUUUUUUUUAGUACUUACAUUAUUAUUUUUAUCAUUAUUAUUAUUUUGAAAUGGUAAUGAUAAUAUUAAUAUGUGUGAAUGAUAUUUAAGAUAGAUACUAUGUUGAAUGUUAAAUGUUUAUACAUGUAUAUAAUAUAUAUCUAUGUGUUAUAUUUAUAUACAUAUAUACUAUAUGGAUAUAUCAUAACUAUAUUUUAAGACGCACUGUCCUUUAUAUAUUAUACAUCAUAUAGUCUAACCAAUCUUUGAAAAUUGUUUUUAUUAUUAUUAUUAUUAUUAUUAUUAUUAUUAUUACUUCUGUGUAUUUAAUUAUUUUGUUUUUAUAUUAUUUAAAUAUUUGUGAUCACUACUAAAAUAUCAUAAUUAAUUGCAUUUUAUAAUAAAAAGUUAACACGCUAUACCAUUGUAAUAUUUUCCAAAACGAAUUUAUUCUUAUUGUGUUAAUAAAAAUAAAGUGAAAACUAUUUUCAAUUUGUAUUUAGUGAAACAAUAUUAUGAUUACAUUGGAUGCAUUAUCGUGUUUGUCUUUAUAUAUUCCUGUGUCUUCUACAUAUUAUAUAUAUAUAUAUAUUAUCUGCACAUUUUCUACAUAAACUUUUAAAAUUAUAUUUCCAUAUGACUGUUGAAAUUAAUUAUUCAACUAAAAAUAUUAAUUUAAAUAAAAGUUAUUGACUUAAGACAAACAUGGUACGGCAAAUUAUAUUUUCAUAUUAAACUUUCUUUAUUAAUGGUAAAAACUUAAUUUAACUGAAUAGAAUGUGUAAAAAACACGAAAUUAUAGUAUAUUUUUGAUCUAUUAUUUUUAUAGAUAUUUUAUUGUGUAUGUUAAAUGAUAGAUUAAAAAUAUCUUAUUAAAAAACAAAAUAAAAGAAAAAUGCAUCUCAGAAUUCGUUUUGGAAUAUAAAUAGUAAUUAAUAGGUGUGUUUUGCCAGAUCCAUUUUGCAUUUAUAGUACAAACUUAAAAUAUAAUCCAUUUCUAUUCUUUUAAAUAUUGUUUUUAAACAAUAAGGUUUCAGCUUGCUAAAAAUAUUCCAGUUUUUACAUUUUAGUUUUGUUAUAUGUAUUGUUAGUUAUUUAUUUAUUCACGUGUAUAAUAGGUAUUGAAGGAUGUAUUCAUUAAGUAUACACUAUUUACAAAUUAUUAUGUGUGGAAAUUUUAAAAUAUUUUUAGCUUGGUUUCAGAUCAUACAAAUUCACAUCCUAUACCAUUACUUUACAUAUUAGUUACUUGGUAAUACAUUUAUUUUGGCUCUUAUGACAAAUAUAUCUAAAACUACUGCUAAUAAAAAUUUUAAUGAUUUGUUACAUUCCAUCUCAGGUUAAUAGUUACUUAUUGUGUUUUACCUUUACUGUAUUUUGUCUAAAAAUUCUUAUUGAUGUUUUUUUAUCUAAGUAUUCCAUUUAGACUGCUAAGUUAUGCAAGUAUAGUAGGUAACUAGAAGUUAUGUUUUUAUUAAGUUUUGUUUUGUUUUUACUAUUAUUGUCUAUUAUCAUGUAGGUACAAGCUCAAUGCUUAUAAUAUUGUAAUACUCCUUAAUGGCCUCACUAGCCAUUGAUUGCCACUUAAAAAUUGUUUGUAUUUGACAGUUAUUGUGUUAAAAUGUGUUGUGUAAUACAUCAUGUAUACAUUUCAAAAUUAAAUAAUUGUUAUAAAUUGA